GAGGGCAGCCCGGUACUAGGGCCCUGCUAGUGUAAAAUCCCUCCGCUUCCUGUGUCUCGGCCUCAUUAGCUCGGUGCGGCGGGUAGUGGCGGAGCUGCAGCGACUCCUCUUUAAGACCGUCUUACAGCGACCAGCUCAAGCCCCGGCAGACUCUGGAAGAUGCCCUCUGCUACCAGCAGCAAAGCGGUGCCGGGCUCCACCGAUGCAGCUCCUGGCAACAUCCAGACCGAAGCCAUGAAACAGAUCUUGGGGAUCAUCGACAAGAAGCUGCGCAAUCUGGAAAAGAAAAAGGGCAAGCUGGAUGACUACCAGGAUCGACUUGACAAGGGAGAACGGCUAAAUCAGGACCAAAUGGAUGCGGUGACAAAACAUCAAGAGGUGGUGGCCAACAUGGAAUUUGCCCGUGAACUGCAAAGGAAUUUUAUGGCAUUGGGUCAAGAUAUGCAGAAAACCAUCAAGAAAGCCGCCCGCCGCGAGCAACUUAUGCGAGAGGAAGCCGAACAGAAACGCUUAAAGACAGUGCUGGAGUUCCAGUUUGUUCUGGAUAAACUGGGAGAUGAGGAAGUGCGGAACGAUUUAAAGCAAGGGUUGGAUGGGGUCCUGGUGGUGUCAGAGGAGGAGCUGUCACUACUGGAUGAGUUCUACAAGCUGGUGAAUCCUGACAGAGACACGUCCGUAAGGCUAAGUGACCAGUACGAGCAGGCCUCCAUUCACCUAUGGGAUGUGCUGGAUAGCAAGGAGAAAUCUGUGUGUGGGACUACAUACAAAAGUCUGAAGGAUCUGUUGGAUCGAAUUCUCCAGAGUGGCUACUUUGACAGCGCACAGAACCAUCAGAAUGGGCUUUGUGAGGAAGAGGAGGAGGAGGAACCACUUGCAGCACCGCCUGUGGAAGAACAAGCCCCAGAACUUGAACCAGAACCUGUAGAAGAAUACACUGAGCCCAGUGAAGUGGAGUCCACUGAGUUUGUCAACAGGCAGUUCAUGACAGAGGCUCAGUACAGCGGCAGUGAGAAAGAGCAAGUCGAUGAGUGGACGGUAGAAACAGUUGAAGUUGUAAACUCUCUCCAGCAAGCAGCAACCCCGCCUAUCCCAGAACCCCUCGCAUUAAAUGCUAUUGUCCAAGUCCAGCCCGACCCCAUUGUCAGGAGGCAGAGAGUUCAAGACCUGAUGGCCCAAAUGCAAGGUCCAUACAACUUCAUGCAGGACUCUAUGCUUGAGUUUGAGAGCCAACCAAUGGACCCAGCCAUUGUAUCUGCACAGCCCAUGAACCUAUCUCAAAGCAUGGACCUACCGCAGAUGCUCUGCCCGCCAGUGCAUUCCGAGCCUAGACCGUCUCAGCCCAUCCAAGUUCCAGACACCACACAGGUUGCACUGGUGUCUUCCCCAAGUGAAGCGUACACAGGUUCCCCGGAGAUAUACCAACCAUCUCACCCCAUAGAAGCAAGAACCCAGAAUGAUGCAAUGGAGCAGAUUCAGGCAUCGUUAUCCUUAAACCCAGACCCAACACAGACCUUGUCGUCUAUUCCUGCUGCUUCCCAACCUCAGGUGUUCCAGACCGGGUCCAACAAACCUCUGCACAGCAGUGGCAUCAACGUUAAUGCUGCUCCAUUCCAAUCAAUGCAGACUGAUAAAAGUAACACUGGUAUCUGUGCUGCUGUUCAGGUUUUUAAUAUGAAUGCACCUGUCCCUCCUGUGAAUGAGCCAGAAACACUGAAACAGAACCAGUACCAGGCCAGUUAUAACCAGACUUUCCCUGGCCAACCUCAUCAAGUGGAACAAACAGAACUUCAACCAGAGCAGCUACAAACAGUUGUAAACAGUUACCAUGCAACAUCGGAGCAGGCCCAUCAAGCGCCCUCGGGGCACCAGCAGCCCACUCAGCAAAACGCAGGAUUCCCACGGAAUAGCCAGCCUUUCUACAACAAUCGAGGGAUGGCCCGAGGAGGUCAGCGAGGUAACCGAGGCAUGAUGAACGGCUACAGAGGCCAGUCAAAUGGCUUUAGAGGAGGCUAUGAUGGCUACCGAGCUGCUUUCCCCAACACUCCAAACAGUGGCUACCCCCAGGCACAGUUUAACGCUCCUCGUGACUACAGCAACAACUAUCAGCGGGACGGAUACCAACAAAACUUUAAGCGCGGUGCUGGGCAGGGAGGUCCUCGGGUCGCCCCUCGAGGCAGCAACACUUUUGGACUAGAAUCCUAUUAGGUCACGGAGGGCCCCCCCGCCCCAGCCGAGGCAUACCGCAGAUGAACCCCCAGCAAGUCAAUUAACCCUUUGCCUUGGAUGAAGCCUUGCACAGCGGCUAUUGUGAAUAUUUUUUGUUACCUGGCAGAUAAUUACAGAUUUCUGUCGUCUGGUUAUAACCCAAGACUCCACUCGUCUGCUUUCUAUUAACUGGAUAUGCAAAGAAACCAGAUCUGGCAUGUUCUCCCUCUGCGGCGCCCACCAUCUCCCUGGUUAUGAAGGAGCAACACUGACUCUUACUUUUCUCUCUAAACUGUUCCAGAUCUUGUCUCUAAACAAACCACUUGGGGUGUGAGAAUCGUCCUUUUUUAAUGUAGGACUUUUGACCCAUUGUCCUAGUCUUCAGGGGAUCCGUUAGAGGGAUCCCUCCCCUUCACUAAAAUUUCAUUCUGUGCCCAUUAUCCAGUACAUUGACCCACAUCUGCACUUUAUUUGGGAUUUGUAAAGGAUUUUAGACAGGAUGGGGAUUGUUGCCCUUUUAAUAUCGAUGUCUUUAUAGAUUUUUAUUUUUAAUUCGCACAUCUGUUUUUAUAUGCAUCCCCUGCAAUAAUAUUAAUGUGAAUUGUGUUUUAAGGGCGGGAACAUGGUUAUCCCUUGGGUGUCUUGGACCUAAAGAAGACCCGGUUUGGUACUUGUUGUUGUGCAUCAGAUUUAGUUUCAUUGUAGCUAUCUGUUAUACACCACUGUUAUCGUAGUAGGAGGGAGAACCGUAAUCGGGCAAAAGCGAGGGUCUGCCGUUAAAUAAAAAUCUGUUUAUAAAAAGUG